GACUGUGACGCCAUUGAUGCGUCUGCCGAAGCUCCAUUGACCGCGGGAGGCAGCCAAUGAGGGAGGGGUCAAUCCGUGCGUGAGCCAUUACGUAGCCACCUCUCGCCGUCGAGGCCACACGCCAACUAUUUUAUCCUCUUCUCUUCGAGUAGUCCGACUUCCCCCCGACAACCCACCCGGCCCAGUGCCCUCCAGAGACAUCCACCACCACCGCCUCCACUCUCCACCCAGUCCGGUUCCUCGAGCUAAUCCGAUCCACCGGCCAAUUCCGGGUCCAGGCUGCGGUCUGAGCUGGAGUGAGAGAGGGUCAUGGAUCAGAGCAAGGAGGAGUUCUUGGAGCGGUUCGGCGCCGACUACGGCUACCCGGACGCGCCCAGGGGCGUCGACGAGAUGCGGGCCGCCGAUUUCAAGCGGCUCGAAGGAACGGUGUACCUGGACCACGCCGGCGCGACGCUGUACUCGGAGCCGCAGAUGGCGGAUGUCGUCAAGGACCUCACCUCCAAUGUCUACGGCAAUCCUCAUAGCCAGAGCGAUUCGAGCAUGGCCGCAAGCGACCUCGUUACUGCGGCGCGCCAUGAGGUACUGAAAUACUUCAAUGCAUCUCCGAGAGACUACAAAUGCAUAUUCACCUCCGGGGCAACAGCGGCUCUGAAACUUGUUGGUGAAUGUUUUCCUUGGAGUAGAGAAAGCUGUUACAUGUACACGAUGGAAAAUCACAAUAGUGUACUUGGGAUAAGAGAAUAUGCUCUGAGCAAAGGAGCUACUGUAUUGGCGGUUGAUAUUAAUGAGGAUGGUGAUCUCGAAAGUAACCAUGGAAGUCCUAGCUCGUUUAAGAUCUCAACACACUCAAACCAAAGAAGAGGUGAAGAUGCACUUUCACAUAAUUGCCAGAAUGGAAACCUUUCAGCAGUUUCAGGAAACAAUUGGAAUCUGUUUGCUUUCCCUUCUGAGUGCAACUUCUCGGGACAGAAAUUCAACCUUAACUUGGUCAAGCUCAUCAAGGAAGGAAAAGUUGCAGGGUUCCCUUCGCAGCAGCAGGGUCAAUGGAUGGUUCUGUUAGAUGCUGCAAAAGGAUGUGCAACUGAGCCACCAAAUUUAGAUGUAUAUCCUGCUGAUUUUGUUGUCUGUUCAUUCUACAAGAUAUUUGGCUAUCCAACUGGUAUUGGUGCUCUGAUUGUAAAAAAUGAGGCUGCUGGUUUGCUGAACAAGGCAUACUUCAGUGGAGGAACUGUAGCUGUUUCAAUUGCUGACAUCGACUUUGUUAAAAAAAGAAAGAGCGUUGAACAAGUUCUUGAGGAUGGAACAAUCUCAUUCUUGAGCAUAGCUUCUCUACGUCAUGGGUUUAAGAUAAUUGGCAUGCUAACUACCUCAGCUAUUUCACGGCACACUGCAUCUCUGGCUACUUAUGUGAGAAAUAAAAUGCUGGACAUGAAGCACGGAAACAACAAAAAAGUUUGCAUAAUCUAUGGACAUCAAGCUUCUAAGGUGGCAGAUCUGAAGAUGAGCCCCACAAUAACAUUCAAUUUGAAAAGAGAAGAUGGCACCUGGUUUGGAUACCGAGAGGUAGAGAAGCUUGCUUCCUUAUCAGGAAUUCAUCUUCGUACAGGUUGCUUCUGUAACCCUGGGGCUUGUGCCAAGUAUCUUGGCUUGUCGCACUCGGAUCUAGUGUCUAAUUUUGAGGCUGGGCAUGUUUGUUGGGAUGAUAAUGAUGUAAUAAAAGGAAAACCAACAGGUGCUGUCAGGAUAUCAUUUGGGUAUAUGUCCACUUAUGAAGACGCAGCGGGAUUUUUGAAGUUCCUGCAGUCUUCAUUUGUGUCCAAACCAAUAACAUUCAGUAAUGGGCUUGACUUAGUAGACAACCAGAGUCAACAAGUUGUUCCAGAUGUUCGCUUGAAGACCAUAACUAUUUAUCCUGUGAAAUCUUGCCAAGGAUUUAGUGCGCAGAUUUGGCCGUUGGCCAUUGGAGGUUUAAAAUAUGACAGAGAAUGGCUCCUCCAAGGAUCUGGUGGUGAAAUUUUGACUCAAAAGAAGGUACCAGAGUUGGGUUCUAUCCGCACAUUGAUCAACCUGGAACUUGGGAAGCUCUUCAUAGAGUCUCCCAAACGCAAGGAUAAAUUGGAAAUUUCUCUUCUGGAGAAUCUAACUCAUUUGACUGCAGAAGUAGAUGUUUAUGGGCAAAGGUACGAGGUAGAGAGUUAUGAUGACAAUGUAAACACGUGGUUCAGUGAAGCUAUUGGACGUCAUUGUACCUUUAUGAGAUGUUCAAGCUCCACAAACCGUUCCUGCUCACAUACUGGCAAGAACGGCCGUCUAUGCAGGGAUACUCGAAGCAAACUUAGUUUUGUCAAUGAAGGGCAACUGCUACUAAUAUCUGAAGAGAGUGUCUCUGAUCUCAACAGUCGGCUUAGUUCAAGUAAUAAUGGAAAUGGCAAGCAACGGGUUAUUGUUGAUGCAAUGAGAUUUCGCCCCAACAUUGUUAUCUCUGGGUCGACGCCAUACAACGAGGACAACUGGAGAAGGAUUCACAUUGGAGAUGCCUAUUUUACUUCCAUGGGAGGCUGCAACCGUUGCCAGAUGAUCAACCUACAGCAGAACUCAGGGCAGGUGAUCAAGUCGAAGGAACCAUUGGCAACUUUAGCAUCCUACAGACGAGAAAAGGGCAAGAUUCUGUUUGGUGUCCUGUUAAACUAUGAAGACGGCUUAGACGGAGAACGGGAGAUUCUCGCAGAGAGAUGGCUCCAAGUAGGGCAAGAAGUGCACCCUUCAACGGCAGCUACACCAGAAAGAUGCUUGGCGACCGUUGAGUCACUACAUACAGGAAUGUAGGGAGAUACGCAUACAACAAAUGGAGAUAUUUUUAGUUACGAUCAAUGUAGAAGAUAUUCUGCACGACCAGAUAUUCUACAUGACCAAGCGUGUAUAACAAUUCUUUAAAUGAAUGUAUGUAAUACUUUUUGAACAUGAUGCCUGUUUUCCAGUGUAAAAAGAAAGAAAUAUAAGGAAACGGAAAUUGUUUAGUCAA